GUCGGCGGCCUUGAGGCAAUAACCCAACUGCUUGUCUUACAGCACUAGCUUGUUUAGAAAUGCUAUUAUCUAAUUAUUUGUAAGUUUCAGGGCUUUGAUGUGCUUUUAAUCUCCUCCCCCUUUAUAGAGGACAAAGACUAAAAGUAAUUGCAUAAAGUCAUACCCUGUUUUAUGGUGCCUCAGAUGAUAGUUAAAGUCACCAGAUAUGUCAUCCAGAGCUCAGACGAAGGCUUGCAGUUUAGUAGACAGGACACAGACAUUCGGAGAACUGUUUGGUGGAAGUCGUAGGUCCGACCACGAAAUUUACUUUUAAUCCUAAGGAGGGAAUAGACAACCCAGUGAUGGUCAUCACAGAUGGUGCCGACAUUGCAUCGUCACCAAGCCCACGCCUGUGUGUUCUCAAACGCGAGGAAGAUGAGUCCUAUGGCUUCAAUCUGCGGGUAGAGAAGGGGCGACAAGGACAUAUAGUCAGAAAUGUGGUGCCAGGUGGGGUAGCAGAUCGUGGCGGCCUCCGAGAUGGAGACAGACUUCUGGAAAUUAACAACCGCUAUACUGACGAUCUCCCUCACUCUGAGGUGGCUAGGAUGAUAAAAGUAAGUGGACACCAGAUGUGUUUGUUAGUGCUGGAUGGGGAGGAGUAUGAGAAAGCUGUGUCCCGGGGUCAGGACAUCCGAGGUCUGACUAGGGAUGACAAGAGCUUCCAACCACCCAGACUCUGCCACAUCACCAGGGAUCCUGCCUCAGGUCUGGGCAUCAGCUUCACACCUUUGGAAGGCGUGAAAGGCCAAUUCUCUGUGAGUCCGGUGGCUGGAGGUGCAGCUGAGAAGGCGGGGGUUCGUAAGGGAGAUCGCCUGGUGUGGAUGGACGGAGCAGUAGUAUCCGAUCUCACGUUCUCCGCUCUCACCAGAAUGAUGAAAAAAUGUGGCAAUUACAUCACCAUCCUAGUGAUUGACACUGAGAGUGAGAAGUAUUACACUCAAAAGCGGAUGCCCAUCCUGCCCACCAUGGCUGUACCAUAUAACCUGCCUUACAGAGCCAGAAAACUGCACCUGGACUCUGGGCCAAAGGGCUACGGCUUCCUCCUUCGACUCGAGAAGGUGACAUCAGGACGCACAUAUCAUGUUCUGCGCGAGGUGGACAAAGGCAGUCCAGCAGAGAAGGCAGGUAUGAAGGAUGGAGAGCUGCUGUUGGAGGUCAAUGGAGAAUCAGUGGAGUCACUGAGUCAUGAGGAAAUUGUGGAACGAGUGAAACAGAGUGGACAGCAGGUGACACUCACUGCCAUCUCUCCUCUGGGCCUGGACUUUUACACCAAGCUCGGUCUGUCCCCUGUCCUCUUCUAUGAGGGUGAUGCUGCUGCUGAAAAAGAAAAGCAGAGCAAUGUGCCGGCCUCAGCAAAUUCUCCUCAGUCACCACGAAAUGAAAUGGACGCCUUGCGCAAACCUAGACUCUACUCUCUUGAAAAAGGCCCUUUCGGGUUUGGCAUUAACCUGGGCUGUUUCCCAAAGGGUCCCGGGGCUGUCAUCACUCAGGUGACGCUUGGUGGUCCCGGACAGAAUGCUGGACUGGUUGUGGGUGAUGUAGUGAUAGAGGUCAACGGACAAAAUGUGGAGGAGAAAUAUCUGGAAGAUGUGAGCUUGCUUAUGAAAAAGGGAGGACGUUCUCUGUCAUUACUUGUCAUGGAUGGGGCAAGCCACAAGAAGAUAAAAGAGGCAGAAGCACCUUCCACAGACGUCACGGAGACAGAGGAGGAGGAUGACAGUUAUGAGUUAACAAUUUUGUGAGUGGACGGAUGCGGAGCUUUGACGACAUGCCCAGGCACCACGCACCUACUGAGGAGAUGUCAGACUGAGACUGCGUUGAACAGGAGACAAACCUCCGAGGGUUCCAAAUGAAGAAAUCCAAACGACGCCACAGAUAUAAUAAGCCGAAUGUAAAUCUGAACGUAAAUCAGGAGGUUUAACAUUCUAGUGUAUAUACGACAUGAUCAUGCCACUGAUUUCAGUGUUUUAGACAACUGCAAUGCAAACCAAUGGACGUAUUAAAGCAGAAAGACAUUAAAGAAAGGAAACCGUCAUCCUCUAGAAAGUGGCCAGCAAUAAUAAGAAGUACUAUUAUUUGAGCACAAAGAAAACGUACAUAUUAAUGACCAUUAACGGCUGGUGCAAAUGUUUACAAAAGUAUUAAUUGCUGUGUAUAAAAAGUUGUGGUCUUUUGCUCAGAUUAAACAGUUUAACAGCUGACUGCAACUAUUAUACUGAGCAUUUGUCUCUGUUUAAUGAUGAUAAAGUCUCUAAGACAUCACAGCAUCUAAUUUAUGAAGCACAAAAAUAGCCACCGGCCUUUGUGUGUGGAGUUUGCAUGGUCUGUGUGGGCGGUCUCAGGGUGCUUCCUCCCACUGUCCAAAGACAUGCUCAUUAGGUUAACUGGUGAUUCGAAAUUGGCCGUAGUUGUGCAUAUUGUUAAGGUUCUCUGUCUUUUAUUUUGUGAUUAUGUUUUGAAGUUUCCUGUUUUAUUUUGUCAAGUUUCUGGAUUUCCCAUCUUGUGCCUCUUUGUCUCUUGAUUGUUAAUUUGCCUCACCUGUGUUGAUAAUCUUCAUAUGUCUCACCUGUGUCUUGUCAGCCCUGAGCCCUCUUGUGUAAAUAUAGCCCUGCGUUUCCCUUUGUUCCUUGUCGCAUCAUUUAAUGUUUCCAUGUUUUUUUCUGUGUCACCUCGUCCACGUUCUUUGUAUCCAUGGCAUGACCCUUUUCUUCGACUUUUGGAUCUUGGAUUUUCCUGCCAUGCUUGUAGCGCCUUUUGUUUGUUAUUAAAUACUUUUGGUUUGAA